AUGCAGGUUGAAUUGCACAUUUUACGUGGUCGAGGAUAUCCACAGCUAGAGGAAGAUCCAUAUCCAUGUACUACUCAAGUUGUAGCUUCAAUUUUUAGUUCUGAUCUUAAGACACAGUUAGCUGACGAUCAGUGCUCAUCCAUUCAACGAAACUCCAAUGCGCCGUUCUACAAUGAUGAGCUAAAAUUUAUGGUGUCUGAUGACAAUCUCAAGGAUUUUGUUGUGUUGACAAAGAUCAUGAAGUUUUCGCAGGAAGACAAGUCUCACGUUCUUUUUUACGGAAUGCUUGCUGUUAGUUGUGAAAAGUUUCGCACUAAAAAAGAAGUAAUUAUACCACUUUGCUUUGAGGAUCCUACUGCACUUGUUUCUAGAAAUUCCGAAGUACAACGAAUUCAGACAAAUGUUGGGAGUCAACAAACGUCUCUGUCUGUGCGUGUUCGUGUGCACCAAGUCGUACAAACGAACAUACCCGGCAAAAGUGAAGAAUUGGAUAUCGAGAGCUUUGCGACAUUAUGUUCCAGUGAUAUUCUUGUGCCAAAUAAUUGUAAAUUUUUGUGGCUCCGUUUUUUAUUGGAUAAAAAAUGGAAAAACUUAUUUCAGUUUCACUUGUUGGCCACUUGGCGCAAUUGUUCUACUUCGAAAUCACUUCCAGAGGGAAAGGGCAAACGUAACAUGCCUGCUCACGGAGGUAGUGGCACUGAUUUAAAUGUUUUAGAGUCAGUUGGUGAUGUUGUUAUCAAAAAAUGGUGUUGCACUCGGAUUCAUACAGUCCUCAUAAAGCUUUCCUUAACAGCAGAAAAAUAUUGCUGUGGUGAAACUAAUUUGAUAAUAUCCAGUGAGGAGGAAGAAAGAUAUUGGACUGAAAGGAAACAUCGAGCCAGUUUGUUGGGUUCUAUAUGGUAUGAUUCAUUUAAGUCAUACGGCAAUGAAGGUUUACGAGAUUCGCUGGAGAGUUUAUGGGUCCUUUUUGCUACCAACGUCGAUCAUGAUCCAAAUUCACAACAAAGUCUCAGUUACGAGCUACGGAGGAAAGCACGCAAUGCUACUUUUGACGAGACUGACGCAGUACUUUUGUUAUCGAGUCUUUUACAUUUUAUGAUCCCGAGUAUAUCAUACGAAUCCGCCCAAGCGUUUGCAAUCGAUGAUAUACGUUCGAGGAACGCAUUCCGAGGUUUUAUUUUGGAAGAUGAUGCUACUUUGAAAAUGCUUGAGACGGAGUCAAAAGUCUCUAGCCAUCAAAUUUUUUUUAUCGCAGUAUUAUUAUUCUUCAUAGCACCUCUGAUGGAUACUAUAACGGAAACGGAGUCGGUUAAGGCUUUGAAGUUAUUCAAAGCUGCAGUUGCUGAUACACACAAGCGCAGUAGUGAAUCUAUUAAGGAAUUUAUCAAGAGGAAAGUUGAUCAUGAUAUAUUACACUUUAAACACCAUGGGUAUAAAGGUGAUGGAAUCCCGAUUGAACAUCUUGACAAUCUCGGUCAUCGAAAGGUUCCCCUUAAAUCCAGGCGAUUCAAUUCAUAA